AUGUAUGGGGACGCAGCGGACGUAGCGACGUAUAGGGAAGAGGACUACGUGGACGAGGACGCUGGCAAUACAGGCUCUGCCCACACUCCUUUGCCCACACAGGCCAUUGAGGACACGCAGAAGCGCCUCUAUACCACCUCCGUACCUCUUGGGUUCUCGAAAAGGAGAAGGCCAGCCUUCUACUUUGGUACUUCACCGCCUUACACCACCACUUGGCAAGGCCAGAGCUCGGGCCCAGGUCCCGUGCGAAAGGUUGAGUGGAAACCGCUUGCGCAAAAAUGGCUUCAGGGUCGUCAGAUCAUUCUACACACUGACUCCGCCAAGAGCUACAAGCUGCAGGUGCCUGAUGUCUUGCGCGAUCGCGUUGUGCAUAAAAAGAAGCGCGUGAAGGUGGGGACAAAGUUCCGCUGGAUUGCGCCGAAGUACGUGGAAAUGCAGCGCCGCAAGGUGCCUGGCUCCAAAAAGGUCAUCAAAUGUAAGUCAGGUACCCAAUUUAUCGACCGUUGUUGGAAAUUUCUGAAGGAGCGGCUGAACAUCAAUCAACACACCCGCGUCGGAAGUCAAUUCUUGAAGCUUCAGCUUCGAUCUGCCCAGUACGAGUACUAG